GUACACGCAGACACCUUUUACUGUCCAUUGUGACUGAGAUUUACUGUUUCAAACUGGCGUGAGCUGGCGUGUGGGCUGUUGUUGGUUGAGGCCUCAUUGGGAUCUGACGGCAGUUUGGGGGCUCGGUCGGGGUGGGACUGGUCGUUAGCUUCUGGUUGGCCUUAGUUGGGGUCGUUUGGUGGCCUGGACGCGCGUUGGUCAUCAGAGAUCGGUAUGUGACUUUGCCCCUAGCGGGUGCGCCGUUCGAGGCUUAAUCAGUUGCUCUGGGUGUUCUGCUCAGUGGAGAGAUGAGUCGUUCGAGAGACAGAAAAUUAUUCUUCAGAUACACAGAGAGAUAUUGAGAGGGAUGGGCUCGCGUUGUUCGAUGCAGAGAGAGGCUUAGAGAGGCUGGAGGGUUUUGGGGAAAGUACUGAAAUGACUGAGCUAUGCAGGACACAGAGAGAUAUUGAUUAAGCCUUUUCUGUUCUGCCCACUCCGUUGUUCUCUCUGCUGCUCGGCCUGCGUUCUUUGGGAGAUCGCGCCGGCCUCAAGUGUCUGACAAAUUUUGCUCCUCUCUCUCUGAUCUUUCACUUCGCCGCUCUCUCUUUUACUUGACUGCGGGGCUUGGGGUUGUGAUGCAGGUCGAUUUGAUUGCUCUGCACCCUCGCCCUGUCACUUGAUGUGGUACUCGGAGGUCUCAAGUGGAUUGUUGUUUUCUCGAUGGCCCAAGAAAAGAGGGCGUAAGAGGUUUAGGAGGUGUGUUGAUGUGGUAUUCGGCUUUCGAGGUGUUUCUCGAAGACUUCGAUCCUUCACAGAGAAGUGCUCUUUUUCUACAAUUUUCCCUCACCACACAAUCAGUCGAGAGGAGAUGCUGGCGAUUGGAAUCAAGUAUCUUUGGAGUCUCUGGUGCUUGGGAGGCGUGGAUGCAUGAUGCAUCUCUUCCUCUUCUCUCUCUAUCUCGAUUCCAUGGUCGUUGCCGGUAGCCAGUGAAUCGCCGGGAACCUGGUUACGAGAAUCCUACUCUCCGGUGAUGAAUCUCUUCUCUCUCUCUGUCUCCGUUGGUUUUAUACGAGAAGCUAAAAUAUGUUUUUCCUCUCAUAUCUGCUCUCUUUCUCUUCUGAAAUUUUCUCUCCCUUCCCUUAUUCUGCUUCUCCCUCAUAUCUUCUACCUGCCGUUGCGAGCAGGCGUCGACGAACUGCCGAGAAUCCCUGUAGUGGCUAGCCAAUCGACCUGGUGUGUUUUUGUUUUGAGAGACGCUGGUAAAUCAUCUGCACCUUUAUCUGGCGAGCGACCAGUGAGGAACUCUCAGUUGAAGUCGAGGAAAUUAUCGGAUCACUUGGUGAGCUCUUGAUCUCUAGACUUUCGUUUCGUUUUUUUUCCCCAUCAGUGGCCGCUAUCGUUUAGUUCCCUGUUGUUUGUUUCAAUUUGGAGAUUUACCAUUUUGAUUGAUCCAAAGCCUGUAGGGGUUGGUGGGAUCUGGAGAUGUGUUUGCUAGGUUUUUCACUAUGGGUCGAUGUUGGAACGAUAGCACUCUGAUUCCCUUCUUUGACAUUUUUCUCCCCGUCUCACUUCCGGCCCAACGAUUUCUAGCGAUCCACUCGGUUCAUGGUGAGUUUUGAUUUCGUUGGUUUAUUUCCUCCUUCUCGGGUUGUUAUUCUCUCUCUUCCAUGGACUUGAUAUGAGGUCUUCGUGGUUGAUUUGCCAUCGCACUUUCAGAUAUGUUGUUGGGCGCACAAUCUUAAUUGAUGAGAGCAGAAAAUACUUAUGUAACCUAACGUUAUAAGGUUAGAAUUUGGUGGUUUUGCUUUAUUGCUCUCUUCUGUCAUGUUUGGAUUUCUUAUACAGUUUAGUUUGUAAUUGGUUUUUGUCUCUGGUAGAGUUUUGACGUUUUGGGUGGCCGGCGGUUUUGUUGAAUCCCAGGCGGAGGACUGCUUGGAUUUGAAGAGCAGUCGAAUCACAUUUUCUGUGGUUUAAGGCUGUCGUUCCACAAUGGGGAAUAGCCAUAGAGGAAGAUGACUGGAUCCACGACUGAAGGGAAUCAGUGGACAAAUUCCCUCGACAACUCUCUCUUUCAGUUCCUCUGCCCCCCCCAGUUAUUUAUCCCAAUUUUCUCGUUUAUGAUCAAUUGCUAAUGCUUGCUGCUUUUCAACAUGAUUAUGUAGUGAAGAGUAUAUCUCCUAUCUGAACUUUGAAUCAUGAGAAUGACUAACUGGAGCUGACGCAUUUGUGUACGAACUGAUCUCUCUCAUUCAGAUCAUUGUUGCACUGACGGGAGAAAAUUUCACUUGGCGUCAAUGUGCUGUCAUGGGAUGAUUGUGGGAGUUAUGAUGUAAAGGACCAACUAGAAAAAAAAAUGGCGUGGAGGGUCACAAGUAGUGUUUUCAAGUAAGCCUUGAAUCUUUUACCUUAGGACAAGGUAUUUGGUUUUGUUUCAAAUUGUUCUAUAGGGGACAUGUCACAACUUAAAAAUAAGAUAGAGUGAAGGUGAGAAGCCACAGUUUUUGUGUCUUAAAGUGGUCUUCUGUUUAUUAGUUUGUACUAUCUAGGUGAUGCAAGUGAUUACCUGUGCUUUACGUUAACAUCCAGGAUGUCUAAUGGUAAUGGUUCCAUCUAGACUUUUCUUUGCUUCUUCUACUCAAUGUGGUGGAUCUAAGUGGGCAGUGUUACUUCAAACAUGGCGUUGGGACCAUACUCUAUACACAAUUGUUUGAAUCAUAGAAUCAUCAAAACAGCUCAAUAAUCCUUCAAAAUGGGAUACAGAAUGCCAUAAUUUCUCACGUGCUUUAUUUUCAGAUUUCUUCAUUAUUUCCUACUUUUUCUCAACUAUGUCCUGUAUACCUAAUGCUUUGGUAAAUGAUGACUAAUGUAGGUGAGUUUACUUUUCCUUUGCAAAGCUAUUACUCUGCUCGAUGAAGGAUUCAAAUGUAAGCCACGGUUGCUGCUAGGUUGUUGUUGUGAGGCGUUGGCUUCCAUGCUGCAGUCCUGUUCUCAAUUAAGGAGUCUACCGGCAGCAGUGUUGUGAAGCAUAGUCCUUGUGAAACCCAAGUUCAACAGUGCUCAGUCCAUUUGUGGUGGUUUUGUGAUAAAUUUGUCCUUGAGAUCCAUUAAUGAUACUUUUGUUCUCUAUUAAGCACUAUAUACUACUUCUAGAUCGUAAUGCGUACUGAUAUAUUUGUUGUCUUUUGUGAAGAUGAUGUGAUUGUCUCAUACAUAUUGGUGCUCAAGUAUGUUUUGUGAUGCAGUGUUAUACAAGUGUAUUAUAACCUAGGUUUUACAUUUUCCUUAUAUAUAUUGUUGGUUUCUAAAUAUUUUUAUGGAAAAAUAUGAGUUAAUUUUAUUGGGUGCAAUAAUUAUGGUGUUAUUUU